GGCAGAGGAGGUCGCGGAUAAGGUCGAUGAGGUCGAAGAACAGGCUGAGGACCGGGAGGUGGCGGAGAAGGCCGAGGAGGUGGAGCGCCAGGAGGCCCGCGUCGCCAUGAAGGACCCGGAGAUGGACCUGAAGCUGGUAAUCGUGAGUCCCCACAGCAAGUGCGAUGGCACUGCCGAGGUCGACGGGGCCUCCUUGGUGAUCGAUGGUAAGGAAGUGGUGUUGUCGCACACCCGCGGCCCGGCCGACAUCCGUUUCACGGAGCACGGUGCGGGUUACGCCUGCGAGCCCACCGGCGCGGCCGGGGCCGAGCCCGAGGAGGUGGAGGAGGUCGAGGAGGAGGUGGGGCGCCCGGGCACGUCUGGGGCGUCUUCGCGGACUCGGGGAGCCCAACGAAUAGACCCCCCCCAUCCACCCACCCCUGCCUCGACCCCUGUUUCCCCGUUCUGUUCCCGCCUGCCGCCCCCUUCGGCCCUCGCGGUGUCCCAGGUCUCGCCCCUCUCGCCCCCUCCGUGCCCCCCUCACGGGGACGUGGAGGUUUUUUUUGUGGCCCCCCUAUCAGGCGUGCCCAUCCUCCCCUCCUUCCUGCCUUCGUUUUCCUCCACCUCCCUCUCCUUCCCUUCCACCCUUUGGUCGUCGCCGUCGUGGUCCUCUUCCUCCCUGUUCUCACCCCGUCGGCUCGAUCCACAGAUGAAGUACGGCUCGAUCCACAGCAGGUACGAUGGCACGGUCGCGAUCGACGUGGACUCCCUGUCGAUCGAUGGCAAGAAGGUGGCGCUGUCGCACACCCGCGACCCAGUCAAGAUCCCCUUCAAGGGGUACGGUGCGGACUGCGCCUGCGAGUCCACCAGCGUGUUCCCCCCCAACGAAGAGGCCCCGCCGCACCUCAAGGCGGGCGCGAAGCUGCAGAAGGAGAGGCCCCCUGAAAAGAUCCGCGCCGAGAUCCAGCGGCGCUCCGAGGGCGACAUGAAGGGAACCCUGGGCUCUGCGACGUGCCCCAUCUCCAGCACCUUCGAGUUGCAGGCGGGCAUCGUGCUGGACUCAACGUUCAUGAAGCACGUUGAGCUGCCGGGCCUCUUGCUCGUCAUGGGCGAUGCCCUGUGGCUGCUCGCCCUGAUGGUCCUCGCUGCCGUGGAGGUGUCAAUGCGGGCGCGGGCUGCCGUAGGCGGCUUUCUCGCCAGGGGCUGGGCUGUGGCAGCCAAGAUCGACGUGUCCCAGGGCUGGAGCCAGAUUCGGAUGUAUGGCCAAGCUGCAGCCUACCUCGGACUUCACCUCGCCGUUGCCGCUCUUGCGGGCGCUAUCGCGGGAGGCCUGCUCCACGCCUGGGCUUUCCCGGCUGCGCUUGCGCCUUCAGCUGCCCCAGCCGCUCUGGCUUGCGGUUGGAGCGCCCUGGACUUCGACGCGACUCUCGGGCAUCCCGGCGAGGGCCCUGGCGCCGCCGGUGGUGCCAGCGGGGCCGCAGCAGCAGCAGGAGCUGAGUGCCCUGGGCCGGUGGCUGCCGCAGAGAACGCCAUGGACACUGACGGCCCCCCCGCGGUCGGAGUUGCCUGGGCUCUCUCCCAACAGGGCCGCGGACGGCGAGCCCACUGCUGCGCUUGCAAGGCGGCGUUCACCAUCGGCGAGGCGCGGCUCCAGACACAGGGUGGGAAACGUUUCUGCCACUGGCACUGCGCGGGCACGCGGUGGCGACGCUCGGCGACGCUGACCGGGGCCCGGGGGGUGCCCGAGGAUGAGGUCGAACGCGUGCGGGCCCUCCUUGGCGAAGCAGCGGCGGUGCCUGAAGAUGAGCCCGCGGCCUUCCAGCCUGAGGGGGUUCCCAAUCCCCUGGCUGCUGCGCCUCACGGGGAAGGAGGAGGAGGGGACGAGGAAAGCCUCCAGCCCCCCCGCCUGGCCCGCAUGACCUGGUGGGACAACGUGGAUGUCCAGCACGCCCUGGGCCAACGGGUUGCCACCAUGCGGCGCGUGCCCCCUGGCCUCCAAUCCGCCUGGGCCGAAGCCAUGGGCGCGGCGCUCCGGCUGAGCGUCCGCGGGAGCGACCCGCAGGAACGAGAGAGGGCUUGGAAGUUGGUGAUGUUCGCUCCGCGCCUUGUUUUCGCUGCCACAGGAUCACGCGGCGGCCGCGGAGCGAACGGCAAACGGGCGGCGCGCAUCCAACAUGACCUCGCCGCACGCCUGCAGGCGUUCUGGCGCGGGGAGUGGCAGGAACUUUGGGACGCAGCGCAUCGGCGAGAGCUCCGGGUGGCGCCGGCGCGCGGCCAGGGUGGGAACAUCAUCAACAAGGUUCGCCGUGUUCGGGCCAUGUUGGACGAUGGACAGGUGGCGGGCGCGGUCGCCACCCUGCGCCAAACUGGGCAGGUGGCCACAGGACCUGGCACACGCGACCAGCUCCGAGCUCUCUUCCCAGAGCAGAACACGUGGAACCCGGGGCAGCAAAACGCCGCCGCAGCACUCAUCCCAGAAGACCCGCGCGAGGGCCUGAGCGAUGCCAUCGUCAAGGCCUUUCGGAAGGCGCGCUCUGGCCGCGCGCCGGGGCCGGAUGGCAGUCGCAACGAAUACUGGCGCGUGGUUGCCGCUGACGCCGACGCCGCCGCCGCCCUGUCCGACGCCGCCCUCGCGUGGGUUGAAGGCACCUCCCCGCCGAUCGUGGACGUUUGGCUUAACGCUGGGACAAUCACGGCGCUCCGCAAGCCCGCCGGCGGGGUUCGACCCCUCACGGUCCUCGCCCCCUUCCGGCGCACUGUCCUCACAGGCUUCGUCGCUUACACCGCGGAUGCCACGCGAAGCGCCGCUGGCCCGCUCCAGUACGGACUCGGAGUGGCCGGGGGCGCGGACGUCCAAUUUCGGGCUCUGCAGAGCGCGGUGCACGACCGGCCAGGGAGUCUUUUGAUCGCCGUCGAUGUCGCCAACGCCUUCGGCACGGUCUCCCGCCAGGCCGUCCUUGACUCCCUCAGCGCGGUUCUGCCUGAGUACGGCAGCCUGCUGGCGCGGCUCUACGCGAAGCCCGCGGUGGGCCUCUGGCGCGACGGGGAGGGUGAUCUGCACGAGUUUAGCACUGGGUCCGGCGUGCCCCAAGGCUGCCCCCUCAGCCCGGCGGCGUACGCGGCGGCCCUCCACCGAACGACGUUGCAGCACUUCGCCAACUCCCCGGGGCGGCUGGUCACGGCGUAUCUCGACGACGUCGUUGCAGUCGUGCCGGUCGCAGAGGCUGAGCAAUUCCUCCACGACCUCUCCGGCAGACUCAGCGCCUGGGGGCUCGUUCUCAACGCGACCAAAACCAAAGUGUGGCUCCCCCCUGGCCACACCCAGUGCCCCCCGGCACUGCGGCCCCACGUGGUUGAUGAUCUCCGCGUGCUCGGGUGUGGCCUGACGCGCCGCCAGGACGACGACUGGGCGGAGCUGGCCGCCGGCUCCGGGGGCGGCGCCCGAGCCAUGGGCAAGGUUACGGAGGCCUUGGGGGUUUUCGGCCAGACCUUGGACGAGGCCGUGGCCGCCGGCCUCGGGGUCCAAGAGGCCGGCGUUAUGCUCCGCUGGACUGCGCAGGGCCUGCCGAACCACCUCCUGCGCGCGCAGCUCGUGGACCAACGAGCGGUGCAAGCUUUCGACUGCGUCCUCCGGCGCCUAUGGGACCGCCUCCUUAACGAGACCCAGACCGACAGGGAGUGGGCCCAGGCUUGCUUACCGCUCGGAGACGGCGGCCUCGCCGCAGGAGCCGCCGAACCCCGUCGGGAAGCCGCCCACGUGGCCGCCUGGUGCGCCGCGGCUCCGGCUGUCGCGCGCGCCUUGGGCAUGGGCAGCGCAGAGGAGCUCCUUGCGAGGCAGGCCACGGGCACCCAGGGCUUCGCCGACGCUGUGGCUGCCUACAACACCAGGGUGGGCAACGCGGCUUACUACCUCCAGGUCUCGCUGGCGCAGGGCGAACGGAGCAGACAGAAGGACUUGAUGCUGCCCGUCAUGGAAGUCCUUGGCGCGCGGGCUAGGGCCGGCCUGGACGACCGCGCGCUGGGCCGCCUUCUGUCCUGCGGAGGCCCUGGGGCAGGGGCUUUCACGCUGUUGCCUACGGCGCCAGAGCACCGGAUGGCAACCGACCUGUACCGACUUGCGUUGCGGAGGCGCCUCCAGAUGGAGGGCCCGCGGCUGCUGAAGGGUCAUGCAUUGCAGACGCACUGUCAACACACAUCCCGUGACGGGGUGGUUUGCGGAGCUUUGCAUGAACCCGAUCAGCAUCACGCAAUCGCGUGCGAGAGGGGGCCCACGCGCACUGCGCGGCACAACCGGGUCCGCGAUUUGUUAGCGCGUUGGCUUGCCAAGCGGGUCCCGGGCCUGGUGCAGACCGAACAGACAGUGCCGCAGUGGACGCGGCGGCGCCGGGAUCCAGAGACUGGCCAAGAUCGGAUGGAGCUGGCGGUGCUGGACGUUAAAUGGUCCGAGAAGGGCGUGUGCCACGUGGUGGACGUGGUGGUCACUAGCCCAGACAGCGCUGACGAGCGCGAGGAGAGGGCCAGGGCGGCCCACGCGGGCCUUGCUGCCGAGGACGCCGCACGGGGGAAGCAGCUACGCUACCCGCCUGGCCCAACGACGCCAGCCCUGACGCCUUUCGCCGUCGAGACAGGCGGGCGGGUCGGCCAGGCGGCCAGACAGCUCGUGCUCGACCGGCUGGACCACGCUGAAGGUGAGGCAGGGGCGAGCGCAGACGCCACUGCCUUUUGGCAGGAGCUCUCGGCCACGCUGCAGACUGCAGUGGCCGAACAGAUCCUCGCCGCUCAUAGGCCGCCGGCCCCAGCCGGAAGACGCUGA